AUGUCUUCUAUUCCUCAACCUACUAAUGUUAAUGGGGUCAAAGCUGACCCUAAAUUUUUGAGAGAUCCUUCUGCGUUGGAAUCUAUUUCAUCAGCUAUAUAUGAACUUUCUUCAUAUGUGGCUUAUUCUCUUCCAACUUCUCUUACCUCGUUACGUAAGACUACCACAAACUCUACAAAUGACUAUCAACAGUCAAUAAAUUAUCAUAAAGGACAUUUAUCACAUCAAUUUACCAGCGAUAUGGAUCCUGUACCUGAUGGACUUUUUGAGAAAAAAAAGGACUUGAUUAUAUAUGCAGCAUUCGAUGAAAUUUUGACAUGUUCUAAUGAUGCAUAUAAAAGUACUAAAAGUAAAUCGGUUCUUUUUCUGGGAUAUCCUGACGGAUUUCAGAUAUGGGAUAUAUCACGUGCUGAUAAUAUUCACGAACUUGUAUCAAUUAGAGACGAAGAAAAUCUUGGUCAAGUUAUAUGCAUAAAGCCAAUACCUAAUCCACGUCAUACAUCGAAAGAUACAUUCGAUAAAUAUGCGGAAGUUCGUCCGUUUAUUGGAAUAAUUUGUGUAUUAACACCACCACGAGAAAACGAUACAUUCACACCAAAACCUAAAUGUGUGUUAAAAUUCUUUUCAUUAAAAACACAUCAAAUUAUUAAAUCGAUGGAAUUUGAGAAUGAUGGUAACAUUAUCAGUCUGGAUUGUAAUGAACGAGCAAUUGUUGUGGGUCUUAUUAAUCCGACAAAACUUCAUGUUAUUUCAUCCUCAACUCUGGCGCCAUUGUCUUUUUCACCGUUACAAGAUGUUGUAGUACAUCCUUCUACUCGGAUUCCGGUAUUCACUUUAGGGCCAAGAUUGUUGGCUUAUGCAACAACAAGUCAUCCUCCGGAAAAUAAUGGUAAAAAGGAUGGCUAUGUGAUGAGUGAUAGUGAUGAGGAUGUUAGGGCAACUGGAAAAUAUAAGGUUGCCAAGGAUGUUGCAAAAGAAGUUGUUAACGGUGUAAAAUUUUUAGGCGAUUAUGGAUAUCAGACACUUUCUUCGUACUUUAAUAAUUCAAACCAACAGACUUCCACACCAAACAAACCACAACCUACUAUGCCCAUAAAUAUCAACAAUCCAAACAAUGCGAGGGGCAAUUCAAAUGGUUCGUUUUCAACACAGAAUAGUCCAUCCAAUGGACAUUAUUACAAUCCAAGGGUUGGAAGUAUGGGAAGUAGUAAUGGAGAAAAUAGUAAUGGAAUAGGUUUGGUUAAUGAAAAAGAUAAUGGUGCUAUUGGAGCGGUAAUCAUACGCGACCUUGGCAUAACAUGUGACGAACAAAAAAAACAAUCCAAUAUUAUUAUUUAUUUUUCACCGCACACCAAUCAUGUUGGGUAUUUAUCAUUUAGUCCAUCUGGAACUUUUUUGCUUUCGACAUCAGUCCAAGGUCAUCAAUUUCAUGUGUUUGAAAUUAUUGGCAAACGUCGUCGAGGCAGAAACAGCAAAAGUUUGAAACAUGUGUAUCAACUAUCAAGGGGUUAUACAAAUGCUAGUAUUGGUUAUGGAGGUGUGGGUUGGAGUGAUGACUCUAGAUGGUGUGCUGUAGCUAGUGGACGUGGAACUAUUCAUUUAUUCGCAAUCAAUCCAUAUGGUGGUCCUGCUCAUGUACCUUCUCAUAUAGCAGGAUGGGUUAAUAAUGUGGAUGAAUCGUAUAAAUUGAUUACACAAUCAGCAGCGAUUCGUAUUAAGCCUCGUACACCUUUACCGCCAGAUUCAACUGAAGUUACUGAUGGUACUUUACAAGGCAUAAAUGCAAAUGUACACCUUAAUAAUUAUGAAUAUUCAUCUCCAUCUGCAGAUAUUAAUGCAUUUUCUAUUGAUCAAUCACAUCGUCAAAAUCCUUUAUACAAUCCUGGAAAUUCAAAUAAUCUUUAUGUAAAUUAUAAUGUACAACAGCACCCUGCAUUACAUUAUAACACACUGUCGUCUCCAUUUCCGAAUUAUUACCAAAGGAAAUCUCCAGGAAUAUGUGUCAAAUUUUUGCCGUCUGUGUCCAAUUGUUCUAUAUCGAGAUCAAAUUCAAACAAUGUGCUAUUAGUUGGUAAUAUAAAUGCAAAGAGACAAAAUAAAAAACGACAACAACUAAAUCUCGUGCCUGAAAAUAUUCCUAGUAAUGAAAAAACUGGUCGGAGAAGAUCUCAUUCUUGGUCUCAAAAUUAUACACCAAGUAGCACAUCUAAUUAUAUUGAAUUUGAAAAUAAUAAUAACAAACAUGAUAUUGGUUAUCAAGAUCUGUGGAGUUUUCAUCCUGCUGGUAUCUUGACACUGCAUCGUGUGUGGGUAGAGGGAGUAACGGCCGAACAAACAUCUAAUCAAGGAACAAAAGAUGAAACAAAUAAUAGUAACGUAAUUUCACUUGGUGGUACACCAUUAGCGGGAAACGUAGCAGCAGUUGCUAAUGUCGGCAGAGUUUUGGUUGGUAGUGCAGCAGGCGUUGUGGGAAUGGGAGUGGAAAUUGCAACUAGUGCAGUUAUGAAAAAAAAUAACACUUUAGAUAUGGUUGUCAGUUAUGAAGAUGUUGCUGAAUGGCAAUUAAUUCGUGAUGGUACAUGGGCUGAAGUGAAAAAUGUCAUUGAAUCACCUAAACAAAGUAAUAUUGAAAAUGAAAUCAUGGCAAAAAGAGAAAGUGAUAAAAAAAAAUGGCUUGCUAAUGCAGAAAUUAUAACGUAUACUAAUUCAAAAGUAUCCUUACCUCCACCUUUGUGGGCAACACCUCAAUUUACAUUUCAAACAUUUUUGCCUGGUUAUAAAGAUGCUAUAAACAAAGGAGAAGUACCUCGUUCAAAAAAGAUUGAAAUAAAAAGGGACGUUGUAGAAAGAAUAGAAACAAGUGAAAAGUUUGAUGAAAUUAACGGAUUGAUGAAUAAUGAAGAUAAUAGAAGUGGUAGAGCGAUUCUUAUUCCAGCUGGUAAAGCUAUUGGUAAAGAAACAGGAGAUAUGUCAGCAAAUCUAUCAACAGCAAUGCGUACAUCACUUGAGUUUACACCAUCUAGUCCGACACUUUCUGCUGUUAACAUUAAAUCCAGAGACUCCACAACACCUUUAUCCUUUGAGGAUGCGCAUCAUAUACAUAUUGCGAAUAAUAUUCCUACCAUAACAACAUCAAUUACUCAAUCUUCAUUACUAAAUAAUAAAAGCAAUAUUUCACUGGGGUUAUUAAAUAAUAAUACAUUUAUCCAGCAAUCAUCUUCAUCUGGUACUCAAUCGACCUCAUCAUCAUCCAUGGCAUCUGAAACCACGUAUAGUGAUGAUGUUAAAGAAUUAGAUUAUAAUUUGAAUGAUACGGGUGAAAAGGAAGGAAAUUUCUUCUUUUCUCCUGAUGGAGAUAAUGAAGUAGAAUUACCUAGUGAUAGUAUUGUAUUAACUCAUGAUAAUUAA